AUGCCAUGGAUCUCAUCUGCCGAAGUCGAAGAGCCAAAGGACUUGCUGAAGAUCCAGGGCCAUCAGGACAGCGUCGAACAGACCUUCAAGGUUAUUCACGAGCUGUACAGAGACCAUGGGCUCGAGCUCGACGAUUCCGAUGUCACGAUCAAACGCCGCGAUGAGCAGACAUCUCAUUCAGGUGGCCGGGCCUUCCAUGCAGCUGGCCGUGCCUGCGAUGUACUGAGGGUCAGUGAGGAUGAUGCUGCAUUCAUCCUCGGCCGGGGUGGGAAAACGAAGCACAAAAUUGCCAGGGUUUCAGGAUCUCAGAUUGAGCUGCACGAGCGAAACAGCACAGUCGAGAUCUAUGGCGACGACGAAUGCCGUGCACGGGCACGGAAGUACAUCGACCUUGUUCGUGCUCAGAGAAUUGGACCUGUGCACGUGGACGAGUCCCACGAUGACGGGGACCUCACACUCAUCGCCGUGCCCAGCAGCUGCGUCGGUUUCGUCACUGGCAGCCAGGGAAACUUCCUCCGCACCUGCGAAGAGGAGUGGGGAACGCUCAUGUUCUUCUGCGAUUACCAAGGAGGUGGAAGCUUGGACAUGUGGGGUGGGAGCUCAGAGAAGCUGGCCAUUUUUGGGACUCUUUGGGCACGUUGCGGUGCAGAGCUGAAGGUCAUGGCUGCCAUUGAGACAAAGCUCCCUGGCUUCUAUACCACGAACCUUGGUGAAACCCAGUCCUGGGACGAGUGGGGCACGGAUACCUACCCCAUGCACAGCGAGCAGCUCUCGUACGUGCUCGGACGCAAGGGCUCCACUCGCCAGAAGCUGGCAAAGGCCAGUGGCUGCAUCAUGGAGUACGUGGGCAACAUUGCCUUCAUGGCUGGUUACCUACCAAACCGUCGCCGUGGAAGAGAAUAUCUAGGCUGGCUCUGCGAUCAAGUGGGGAACAAGACAGGCCGCAUCUCAAUCGACCCGUCUGUGCGCGAAGACGUCACCCUCGUUCCUGUGCCCAAAGAGUGCAUCGGAUACGUGAUGGGUGAUAAGCGCAAGACUUUGAGCCGGCUGGAGGAGGAUUGGGAGACACUGAUCUUCUUCGUGGACAACAGGGGUCUACCCCCCACCUACCAGCAGGAUGAUGUGGAGGGCCUGGCCAUUUUUGGUGCUGAACGCGGACGUGCGGGGACAGAACUCAAGGUCAUGGGUGCUGUUGAGACGAAGAUUCCGCAGUUUUUCACCAGAGGGGUCGGAGAUUUCCAUUACGAUGGCCCUUGGGGAGUAGACACCAUACCACUUCCCGGAGAUGAGCUUUCCUUCGCGCUGGGCAAGGAUGGUGCUACCAGGAGGAAGCUGGCCAAAGCCAGCGGCUGCGUCUUGGAGUAUGUUGGCAACGUCGCCUACAUGGCUGGCACCCUCGAAGAGCGCAAGCGAGCGAGGGACUACCUCACGUGGCUCACCUGGCAACGCACUGGCCCUGUGACCAUCGAUGUCACUGGCCGCGAUGACAUCAGGGAGAUGGAGGUUCUGGAGGAGAUGCGCGGCCUUACCAAAGCUGCAUCGCUGCGCGAGGUGGAGAAGGAGUCCGGAACGUUCUGCUUCUUCCAGGGCGACAGCAGUACUUCAGAUGUGCUGCUGAUAUGCGGCCAUCGUCCAGAGGCACGAGCACAUGCGGAACAGCUGCUACAUGACCUGAUGAUGAAGGGUUCGGUGCAGCAGCGCCCCAAGGCUGGAGACUGGCAAGGGACGGGUUGA